AUUUGCCAGAAAACGUUCAAAGAGAAGUCCUCGUUGCGGAAACAUAUGUUAAGUCACACCGGCGAUAGACCGUACGAAUGUUACGUUUGUCAUAAAGCGUUCACCCAAAAAACAACUUUAAAUAGCCACAUAUUAGUCCACGCAGUGAAUUCAACGUACAAGUUUUCGAUUUACAACUUUUCUCAAUAAAUUAAGUCAAAUGAGAAGAGGACCGUGGAAAUGGAACUGUCACAGAAUCUCCAGAUUUCGUCCGAUCCAAGUACAAAAGGAUUCGACUUGUCGGCUGGAAAAACAUGGAUAUAUCCAGAAAAUUAUCCUGUCAGAGAUUAUCAGUUUAACAUAGUCCAAGCUGCAAUAUACAAUAACACCUUAGUUUGUUUACCAACUGGAUUGGGAAAAACAUUUAUCGCUGCAGUUGUUAUGUAUAAUUUUUGGAGAUGGUAUCCGUGUGGAAAGGUUGUAUUUUUGGCACCUACCAAACCUUUAGUUGCUCAACAAAUUUUUGCUUGCCACAAUAUAAUGGGUAUACCUAGCACAGAAACUAUUGAACUUACAGGAGCAACUAAUCAAAAACAACGUGAAAUAGCUUGGUUUAAACAAAGAGUGAUAUUUGCUACACCUCAAGUUUUUCACAAUGAUCUAGAAAAGAACAUUAUACCUAGUGAUUUAAUAAAAUGUGUGGUUAUUGAUGAAGCUCAUAAAGCUUUAGGAAAACAUUCUUAUUGCGAGUGUAUCAGAAUAUUAAGCGAAAAACAUAAAAAUUUUAGGGUACUAGCCCUUUCAGCUACACCAGGAAAUAAAAUUGACAAUGUUCAUGAGGUGUUACAAAAUCUAUGUAUAGCUCAUAUGGAAUUGAGGGAUGAAACUUCCCCUGAUAUUAUACCAUAUAUUAAUCAUAGAAAACUUGAUAUAAUUUUGGUACCUCUUAAUCGUGAAUUAACCGACUAUAAAGAGAAAUAUAUUCUCAUUAUGGAUCGUCAUGUUAAAAUUUUAAUUCAGUACAAUGUUCUCCGUGGACAUACAGCCAAUAUUUCUAAAGGAAGGAUAUUUCAUUUAUUGAAGGAAUUCCAAAAAAAAACGAAUAAGUCCGGAAGUUACGGAAUAAUCAUAAAAACGUUAAACAUAUUAAUGACUAUGUAUCAUGCAUACGAAUUGAUGAUCAGGGAUGGUCUUCGAGCGUUUCUUAAAUUCUAUCAAAAUCAUUCUGAUAAAUUUUGGAUGAACGAGGAAAUACAACUGCAGGAUUUACUCCAAAAUAUUGAAAUCUACCUCGGUCCUUUCCCGGAUGCAAAGUCUUUAUGUCCAGAGUCCAUUUCAAAUAUUCCACAAAAUCUUAUAUUCGGCCAUACGAAAUUUGAAAAGCUGAAAGAACUGCUCGAGCAUCACUUUAAUAAGAAUCAAAACGAAGAGAAUGAUACGAGGGCGAUCGUUUUUGUCGAGUAUAGGGAUAUCGUAAGCGAGAUUUAUGUUUUAUUGCUGCAAUGCCAACCAUUAAUAAGACCACAGAUGUUCGUUGGUCAAGCUGGGCAGAAGCAAAAGCAGCAAAUACAAGCUUUGAAAGACUUCCGAAACAAUCGCGUUAACGUUCUCAUAUCUACAAGUAUAGGAGAGGAAGGGUUAGAUGUUGGAGAAGUUGAUCUGAUAAUAUGUUUUGAUAUAUCUCAACAUUCACCUACACGACUCGUGCAAAGAAUGGGGAGAACUGGUCGAAGACGUGACGGACACAUAAUUAUCCUUGUUACAGAUGGAAGAGAACACGAGACACUAAAAUCCACGAUGGCUAGAAGAGAUUCAUUGAACAAUAAGAUAUUAAAUACAAGCAACGUUUUCUCGUCUCUUUAUCAAGAUAAUCCGCGCAUGAUUCCCGACCAAUUAACUCCCGAAUGUUUGAGAAUGUACAUUACCGUGCAGCCAAAGAGUCCGCCUGCCAAAAGAAAGAAUGAAAAGAAGAAACCAGAGAAGAAGUCGACUAAACGUAAAAAUACUUCUAAGAAGUCUACGGUUAUAGAGUCUAACCCGGUGUCGCAAAGCAGUGGGUCCCAGUCUUUAAUGGCAUUUUUCCAAAAUAAAAAACACGAGGAUGUCGUGGACGACAACAUUUUUAAAACGCCGAAUACGCAGUGCAUUCAAAGUAACAACGUUUGUAAAACGAUAAAACCGUCCGAUGUGAAAAUCUUGUCCUCUGACAGUGACGCAGUCGACUUCCUAACAGUAUGCGCUUUGAGAAACUCCAAGAAAGAUCCGAGUGUAAGAGAAGAGAAUGAUCUGAACAAUUUUUGUCAGCCAACGUUUUCUACUAUUAAAGAUUUCUUUAAUUUCUCCAUACCUGACAUAAAUGUUCUCAAUUGUUUAAUCACUCUGAACGAUAUUCCCCGAAAAGAACACCAGGCAAAAAUGGAUUUGGAGACGGAAUAUAUGGAUAAUAAAAUUGAUUAUAACGACGACGAACAAGAAUUUGCAAGUAUAAUUCUAGAAAUGGAUCACGACGAAUGUGUCGUUGGAAAAUCGAAUUUCGAGGACUUGCUCGACGACAGUAGUAAGUCGAACGAGAGCGAUGGAUUGAUUGUCGAGGAAGAAGGAAAGGAACAUAUAAAUAAUAAUAUAAAUUCUAUUUCGACGUUCAAAAAACAAACGAUAAAUACAGUCGCGUCGCCCACGUUGGAACUUGGUACGUUUGAAGACAUAUUAAACGAGAUGUCCGAGGACUCGGAACACAAUAUUUUAGUGGAAGAAACAGAGCCAACAAAAUGCAUCGACAUCCGCAACGAUGCGAUCAAGAAGACUGAACUGCUUAGGAAAAAUUCUGAAGUAGAGAAUAACAUGGAACUACCAGACAGUAGUUUUGCAAUAGUUAGCCCGAGCAAGCGUAUUACGGAUAAAGAUAACGUCACUCCGCAUACGCACGUAGACACAAAAAAUAAAAGUUCACUUACCAUAACGCAAGCGAUCAAAGAGAUAGCGCUAAUCAACUCAAGCUCGUCGCACGCGCAAAAUACAGUCGUUGAAUCUGAAGAUGACAUGUUUCAGGAUGAAAGCAUCGUGGCUGUAACCGAUAACGUUGAGGAUUUCCAGUGGACAAUUCAUUGUUCCAAUGAAGAAAAUAUAACGAUUGUAAAAGAUCCACACAAUGAAAAUACUCUUGAUAAUGAGAAGAAAACGAUCAAUACAGAAUUUAAAGUAGACGAGUACGAAUGGGGCGACGAUUUCGAAGUUUAUACAAAUUCUGCACCGAGUAGCAUCGUGUCGAACAAACCCGAGAACAAACCAAAAAAGACCUGGAGCAACGAUGCAUGGGAUUCGGACGAUGAAAGUUGGUUCUCAGCUGAGAAAUCAUUCAAAACCUCCAGAAAUGUUUCCGGCGUAAGUAUCGCGAAGAAACUGGCGAACGUAAAGGAAAGUUUAAGCUCGCAGAAAGAGAACUUAAACUUCCAGCGCAAUCGUAGCCUAAACUUCAGCAGACUGAGCAAGAGCAAGGUCAGUACGGAGAAGAAUCGCGUCAAUGAGAAUAACCGAAGCAUCAGCUGCAACACCAGUUACUUCUUCGGUGAUCUGAAAGUUGACGACCAGGUGAUUGACAGUACCAAGUCGAAGCGAUUCGAGGUACUCUCCGCUCGGAGUAGCAAGCGCGUUCGCAGGCGGAAGAGAGUGAGAAACGAGUUCAUCGACGACGAAGCUCAAGUUUCGUCGAACGACGAGAACGAAACGACGGAAGGGAGCUCCGGAACCGACCAAGAUCUCGAGGAUUUCGUGAGUUACACGCAGAACGUGCACGACACCACGGACAUGCAAGCUCACUAUUUGCAAACGGUUAGGAGUCCGCUGAAGGGGUGCAAUGGAUUCCUCUUCAAACGGCCGCGCACUCCUGACGCCAACAUUGAAAUAUAUUCACAGGCUGUGUCGCAGGCUGACGAGUCCUACCUCAACGAUUCGUUCUGCGUGGGGGAAGAGGAGCCGUCCAUUCGAAUUGAAGAACUGUCGGAAUUGGAGAAGGCGGAGCAAGAACUGGAAAGGAGGAAAAGGAAACGCAUUCCCGUCGACGAAUUGGACAGGGUGAAGAAAAGGAAGAAAAGGGUUAAAAUGAGGAAUAUAAUAAAUCAUUCCAGCAGCAGCGAAGACGAGACUGAGAGAUUACGCGAGCAGAUCAUGGAAGAAUCUAUUUUGUUAGCGCAUUGUAAACGCGCAAGCUAAUUGUAAAUGUAAAUAUUUAAUACACUAUAUAUCCAAAUAUGUAUUUGGAAUAUUCAAGAUAUUGAUGUUUCAAGAUGGUUAAGGAGUUAGUGAAAUGUGUGAACAUUUUUGUAUAUAA